UUGGCAGUAAAGCAAGAAAUGACAGAAAAAUGAAGGCCAUGUCAAUGAUCCGUAAAACGAUUUAUGUCGGAUCUUUCGAAGCGUUUGGCCUCCAGAUCUGCCGACAGCAAAACGAUUAGAUUGGUUAAACAUAAUUUUCAAAACUUAUCUGAAUUGCGGAAAUCCGUAGAAAAAAAGAGUUCGCAAGGAGUUCUUCAAAAAUAUAAAUUUAUAUUUGAUCGAAAGCUAUAAUGCACAGAAAAACAAUAUUUUUGCGUUUUUAUAAUGAAAAAUGAUGUUUGACUUUAAAUUAUUGUUUUCAAUUUAUAUUUUAUCUUUAAAGAAAACUUAUGUAUUAAAUUUAUGUGAUAAUAUAAUCGCGAUUAGGGACUUGCAAGAAGCGCUAUAACAAGGUCUAAGUCGGGUUGGAGGAAAUAAAAUGCCGAAGUCGUCUUUUUUAAUGAAUAUAAAGGAUACCUAAGUAGUUUAUAAAUAAAUAAAUAAAGAAUUAUAAAGCAAUGAGAACGGAGGGCUUCAAUACAAAAAGAAAAUAUCUAAUCAUGGGUCAAUCCGAAAGUCAUAAUUCCGAAGAUCCAAAAUCCCGAAUCCUGAAUAGCCAUUAUCCAAAUGGGCCAAUAUUCCGAAAAACUAAAAUUUCAAAUGGGUCGAAAUCCUAAAUAGCCCAAAACCCAAAUUUGUUAAAAUCCCGAAAAACUCAAAUUCCGAAUAAGUUCAAUUAUCGAAUUGCCAAAAUCUCGAAUCGGUCAAAAUACAGAAAAGCCAAAUUCCCGAAUGGACCGAAAUCCUGAAUAGCCGAAAUUCCGAAUGGGUCUAAAUUCCGAAAAGCCAAAAUGCCGAAUGCGUCGAAUUCUCGAAAACCCAAAAUCCUGAAAAACUAAAAUUUCGAAUUUGUUUAAAUCCCAAAUAGCCAAAAUCCUGAAUGUGUCAAAAUCGUGAAUAAGUUGAAAUCCUGAAUACCUUAAAUCCUGAAUGGAUCAAAAUCCCGAAACCCCAAAAUCCCGAAUGGGACGAAAUCCAGAAAAAAUAAAAUUCCAAAUUGGUAGUCAUCUCGAAUAGCCGUAAUCCCAAAUGUGCCUCAAUAUCCCGAAAAGCCAAAAUCCCGAAAAACUAAAUUUCCACAUGGACCAAAAUCCCUAAUUUUUAAAACUCUAGGGCAAAGGGAAAUUUUUCAUGUUUUUGUUAAAUUAUUAUACAAAAUCCUUCGUAUAAUUUCGUAUCUUUCAAAAUUUUGACCAUUCGGUAUUUUGGUUUUGAGAUUUCGAUCCAUUCAAGAUUUCGAUCUACACGAGAUCAAGAAUUUGUAAGUCAAGAUCAAGAUUUGUAUCUACACGUUUUGACACUCAUAGAUCACGAAAAUCAUGUUCCAGAAAUCAAUUUUCGUGCACGUCCCGUCCGGUCCGGAGCAGAAUCGUUUCUGGAGAGAGAACGGAAAGAGAUAUCGACAAGCGGUUUUCAGCAAAGGUUAAAUGUCGAUAGAUGACUAGAAGUUUGUGAUGUCAGACUCAACCCUUACUCCCCUUUCACAAUUUUGAAACACCCCCAAAUUUUGUUUUAUCAAUAACUCUGCCUAUGGCAUCGAUCGAUUUCAAAUUUUAGUAUGUUAUAUCAAGGCCUAAGAGCUUUGAUUAAAAAAAAAAUUAAGCUCCCCCGAACGAUGAAAUUAUUAUUUCGGUGAAAUUUUUAGUAUACACUCAGUCCCGGUCUUCGGGAUUAUGCAUCUGACGAAAUUAUACACAUACAAUUAUGCAAAUUUGCCUACCAUUGGGAGUCAAUUUAUGAAAUCAUUUUUGAAAUAUGCCUGAAUGUAUACUAUUUUGCGACGCGGGAAAUUUGAAAACAUUUUGCUACUUUUUCAGAAUAAGACUUUAAUUUCUUUUGUUAAGGUAAAUUUUUUAAAUAUUCUUACCAUUUAUUGACGUAAUUGUUUUUCUAUUAAACAGUUGAAUCUUUUUGUUUUGACUACGUUUACUCCGCGCGAAAUUCGUUCUACGGCCGAUUUACUCAAAAGAAAGCCCCUGCGGGUAUGCAAAUUUCGGUCCUGGAAAUGUGCCUAAUCCCGGGACUGAGUGUAUAUUGUAUUUGAGAUCGAAAUCUUUCUAACGGCGUUAUCACACUUGCAAAAUAAAAUUUUAAUGUGAUUCACAUUAAUUGGCGCUUGUGAGCGUUCAAAUAUGUUAUUUGUGUCUUUGAGUGACUUAAUAUUUGGGUUUUUUCUAUUUAUUGAUAAAGAAGUGGACUUGGCCUGCAAAAAUAAUUUUAAAUUUACCUAAAGCAUAAAUAUUUUUCAGAUUAAAAAAUUAAAGAGAAAAUCGCAUUAAUUUUUCGCAUUAAUGCUAUAAAUCAAUUUAUAUAAAAUUUUGCGGGCCAAGUCCACCUUUUUUAUCAACAAAUAGAUCAAAUUUUGAAUAUAAAAUGAUUCAAACACAUAAAUUACACAUUUGGACUCUCACCAGCAACAAUUUAUGUGAAUCAUAUUAAAAUUUUAAUAUGCAAGUGUGAUAACACAGUAACGAUGGGUCGUUUCCGUUUCUACCCUAACCCACUGUACCACGACCUACAUCCAAAUGGACCGGACUAUCUCUACUGUAUUUCAUACUCUUCUUCUUCCUUUUAACAUCAGAUCAAAUUAAAUUUAGUUCAGUCUAAUUUCCAGUCGAAAAGAGUGGGAUAGACUUAUGCAAGUCUUUCGAUAAAGGGACACGAAUUUUACUUUCAUGAAAUUUUACCGAUCUAAAAGGUGUGCCGGAGGCAUAAAGAAUCACGUCGAGCCAAUUUUGUCCAUUUCGGCCGCCGAGAAUAGUUUGCUCGAUGCGAUUCUUACUCCCAAAAUUCAAUUCACAAUCGAAUUUUCACGUAUUCCAAGUUGCAAGCACUCCGAGUUGCACGCAUUUCGAGGUCAUCUGUAAAGAAUCUCAGCUACAAUAAGCUUAUCUGGAUUUAUCACUAGUUUAGUUUGAAGUUACAGAUUUCAUCAAAUUUUUCUAACCUCAAGAGACUAAUUAACAAUUACUUAUUUUUUUAUGCAUCACUGUACUUCGAUGAUAUUACUAUUCCUCCUCUUUGGUAAUAAAUACUCCUAUGAUACAGAAAAUCACUGUGAAUUUCCCAAUUAUCCAAUUAUUUCAUUUUAUUUCUUGCACAACUUAUAUUAUGAUCUUCCUCUAAUGACUAGAAUUAAACCUGUCUGGCUCUUUAAAGUAAUAAAGGACAAGAACAUCUACAACAUUUCUCUACUAUUCAAAUAUCUUUUAAUCGUCUUCGCAUUAAUUGAAUUCGAAUUGAAGAGGCAAAAUUAAGACUUAUAGAUUUUAGUGUUAUUAUAGUUAUUAUUGGUUUUAAGUUUGUUGCAUUUCUGUUCAAUGUCUUGUUUGUUUCUUUCUCUUGUGUUUGCUUGUCUUUGAGAUUCCAAAGUAGAUCUUUUCCGUAUGUGGUGAAUGUGUCUCUGUAGUGUUUUGUACUGAUGAACGAAAAAAAAAUCCCCAACAUGGAAAUUGGGUGGUAAUUUCUUGUAGAUUAAAGUAGAAAAUUGUCCACAUGCACGCCACAGAGGAAAAUUGCCCUUUAAGAGUUUUUCUUUCUUUGAUUUUUUUCUCUAUUUAUUUAUUUUUUUUUUGGCAUUUCUUGAGAUUAUAGAAUGAGACUAAGAGUUCAAGGAGAAAAUUCAAUUUGGAGUAUAGAGAGUAAAAAAUUUUAUUGAUGGAUCGCGUGCAAUUGGUAAUUAAUUAAUUUUUGAUUCUUGACUCUGUUCUAGAGGCAAAAAAAAAUUGUUAUUUGUAGAUAAAAUAUGGAGUAUAUUUAUAUUGCAGACCUUGUUGGAAUAUUCAGGCGGUUACAUCCCUGAAAUAUCCAUCGAUAGUCCAUUUUUGAAUGUUUCUCUGGAACUCUCUCUAUUUCUCUUCAAACACUUUUCCUCUCUAUGUCAUGUGUAAGGAUCUUUUCACCCACGACACGAACUUUCUGUUUUAUUUUCACUCUAAAACACCUCAAAAAUUGGCCGUUACUAGAGUUUUGAGAAAAGUGCUGAAAAAUUUAUUAAAAGAAAAUGUUUAUCGUCUCUAUAUAUAAAAGUCUGAUUCACAUUUGAGACCAUUUCAGUCAUUUGCAAUUGACAAUCACAUCAUAUUCUUUUAUAUUUACAUUUAAUUUUGUUUUACUAUAAAUUCAACACAUUUUUAUGUUGUACAGAAACUUCUCUAUUUUGCUUCUUAUUUUUAUUUUGAUUUUUUUGCGUUUAAUUUUUAAUUUCUUUUACAUUUUCUUUAUUUUUUUGAAUUUCGUUUUGUUUAUGUUUGUUUUUCUGGUAUUGAUUUGCAAAAGGAAUUUUACAAGAUCUCUAACGAGAAAAAAAAAUUACGGGUAUUUUGUAAUAGGAAAAUACAAAGUUAAAAUACGUACAGAUUAAUGGUAAAGAGUAUUAUAAUUGGUGCGUUGUUGAAAGGUCCGGGUCCACCGGAUGAUGAUUCACCAGAGGAGACACAAGAGGUUCAAUUGUCGUGUCACAGUCACGAUACAGAUCACUGUUCAGCGUGCCAGAGGAGUUUUACAAAUUCCACGGGUUCAGAGAAGUGCGAGUCUGAGUGCGCUUGUGGAGCCACUAGCAACAAUUAUGGGAAUCAAAAUCAUCACAAUCGGGCAAAUCAUCAUGAUGAUGAUCUCUUUGAUUGGUGGUUUCACAGAAGUAAAAGUUCUAAAAAGAGCAGGAGUCACUCGUCCAGUCAAUUGCACAUGGGUGGAAGUGGAAAUGGCGGAGGCGGAGGUGGAGGCGGAUCGACACAUCGAUCAUCACCUGUCAGCAGUUGCUGUGGCAGCAGCAGUCAGGGUCGGUCGAGUCCCGAUGACGAUGAUGGGCUCAAGGAGCCGCCCAGUUUCCCCUUAAGUCCAGCUCUGAACUGGCGUUCAUCAUCGUAUUGAGAAAAGUUUUGUGUUUUCCAUCAAAGUCCCGCCUAUAUAUGAUUAAAUCCUCAAGUGUUGCUCCUUCAAUGUUUAGUGUCUCUCUGUGGCGAAGUGGCAUUUUCCUUGUUGUUUUCCAGGCACAAAGUAAUGAAUGUUAUUUAGUUGUAUUGCUUCUAUAUUGCACUCUCUAAACUUCUCUAUUUGUUCCACUUUCAUCGAAUGAGAUAAAAUAUGACACUUUUUCUAGGCACUUGCUUUCUUUCCUUUUUUUUGUUAUGCUCAUUUAUAAAAUUUUAUUUUUAUCCUCCUGCUUUUGUUUUAUAGUUCAUGGUCGAAUAAUGAAGAGAGAAAGAGUCCUUUUGUAGAAGGGAGUCCUACUUUCAUACUCAUUUGAUAUUAGAUGAUGAUUAACGCAAUUGAUGUUAUAGUUUCAAUAUUUAAUUGGCAUUUUGUAAAUAUAGAAAUAAUUCUUUUUGUUGUUUUUAGUGGUUGGAAAUUUGUUGUAUUUUUUGCCUUGGGAUUAUGCAUGAUUUUUUUUCUAAAAUUUAGUCAUUCUUUCUCAAAAAAUAUUAAAAAGCAGUAUUCUAUGUUUAAUGAAUUAAUAAAUAACUUCUUCCUGGAUUCUUCUAG